AUGACUCAAUUGGUCACUGAGGUGCGCAAACCGCCAUACCAUGAAAGCUCACGUGGUAGUGUUUCGCAGUUGCAUUUGCAAUCUAGCUUGGUUCUGUUUACACUGCGGCAGUGCGACCUAUACUCCUUAAUGGACCAGAUACGUGGCCUCUACAUUCAGAGGACACACGAGAGCUGUCAGUGUUUGUCCGCAAUUGAUUCCGGAGGAUUGAUCCAAUCUGAUGGGCUUGGGCGAACUGGCAGUGCCACAUCCCUCGUCCUUCCUUCUGGUGGCAUGGCAGUUAGGCGCAGAAAAUGUGCUACAGCUGACCGACUUUUUUCUCACCGGAUUGGGACUCUGAUACUCAACUCAGUGGUUGAUGACACUGGUGGGAAUGGUCCAAUCGCGCAGUCAGGAGUGAUCGUGUACGAAAACGACCAUUUUAAAUGCGUAGCUGUUGAUUCCCAAACUGAAGUGCCAUCACCUCCAAUGCUCGGAUGUAUUCCCAGCGCUUUCCAACUUUUCAGUGAGUGA